UUCAUUUUUAGUUUAGAUGUCCAAUUAUACUAAUGUGUGAUCUUUGCGUUUUCGUGGUAUUAAUCAAUACAAGAUCUAUGUAUUAAUACAAUUAUUUUAUUCUGUAAAGUCAUAUUUUUCGGACUUCUUUCACAAAGAAGAUGGAUGCUGUUACAUGUAAAUUGUUUGCGUCUUUGUGUUUAUGGACAUAUAUAUUUAUUGAAUGUAGUAACGGUGUACCAUUUCAUGGCUUCCUAACAUCAGCUGACAAAUUCUCGCGAGAUAUCGGGGAAGAAGAGAUGGAUGAAAAUGAACAACGUAUUAGAGAAGAAGAUUUAAGAAAAUUGAUACUAAAGAAACUUAGAUUUCGUGAUUUAGAAGAUGUUUCAUAUCCACGUGAAUAUGACGAGCUGUCAAAACUAUAUGACCUUUCACCCUUAGAUACAUCAGAGAAAGAGCAGAAGAGAAGUUCCAAUAUCAAUAGUGCUUUUGCUGACAAAGUGGCUGCGCUGCUUAAUGGACUUAAAACUAGACAAAUAGAUAGCCCAAAAGUUAGAAUGUCAAGUCUUCGGUUUGGACGAUGAUUUUAAAUAUAGACUUGAACCUAAUGAACUUCAUUGAAACUCAAGUUUCACUAAGUAUUUUCAAUUUAAUUGUACUAGAAAUAUUGGUUUGCAUUUAAUGUUGCAAAUAAAUGAAACAUUAUUAAGUUAUUAUAGUUCAAUAUGGAGCUAACGCUUUAUUUACCUAUCAUGUACGUCAUCAAAUAUCAAUGAAUUAAAACUG